GACAUGGCCCUGUAUUGCGGCGACAACUUCGUAUACUCACAGCCCGCCGCCGCUGCCGCGCCCGGUGCGCCCCCGACCUCCAGGGCACCCUAUGGGCUGUCCGACUACGCCGCACCACCCGCUGCAGCCGCCAACCCCUACCUGUGGCUCAACGGGCCGGGCGUGGGCGGCCCGGCCUCCGCUGCCAGCUACCUAGGGGCCCCACCGCCCCCGGGAGCAGCGCCCGGACCCUUCCUGCAGCCUCCAGCGGCUCCGGGCACCUUCGCGGGCGCCCAGCGGGGCUUCGCGCAGCCCUCGGCGGCUGCACCGGCCUCGCCCGCCGGCUCGGCAGCCCCUGGCGAGCUGGGCUGGCUGUCGAUGGCCAGCCGCGAGGACCUGAUGAAGAUGGUGCGGCCACCCUACUCGUACUCGGCGCUCAUCGCUAUGGCCAUCCAGAGCGCGCCUGAGCGCAAACUCACCCUCAGCCACAUCUACCAGUUUGUCGCCGAUAACUUCCCUUUCUACCAGCGCAGCAAGGCUGGCUGGCAGAACUCCAUCCGCCACAACCUAUCACUCAACGACUGCUUUAAGAAGGUGCCCCGCGACGAGGACGACCCAGGAAAAGGUAAUUACUGGACUCUGGAUCCAAACUGUGAGAAAAUGUUUGACAACGGGAACUUCCGUCGGAAGCGAAGGCGCCGCACUGAGGCCACCAGCAAUCUUACAGUGCCUUCAGGGACAUCCAAAUCAGAAGGGCAGUCCUCAAGACUAAGAGUGAGUGGGAAGCUAGAAGGAGACAGCCCCUCCUCUCUGCUGAGGCCUUCUCAGUCACCAGAGCCUCCAGAGGGCACCAGGAGCACUGCCUCCUCUCCUGGAGCAUCCGCCCUCACCUCCACUCCAUGUCUCAACACUUUCCUCAGCACCUUCAACACCUUAAGUGUCAACUCCAGCAGCGUGAGCACCCAGAAAACCCUCCCAGGUAGCCGCCGCCACCUAGGAGGGACCCAGCUGCCCUCCAGCACAUUCCCCAACUCCCUUCCAGACAGCCCUCCAGACUCCAUGCAGCUGAGCACUGUGGGUGGAAGCAACCAGCUGUCUUCGUACUACAGCCCGUUCUCUGGCGGCAGCAGUGGGGACCAGAGUAGCCCCUUCAGUAGCCCUUUCUACAACUUCAGCAUGGUCAACAGCCUCAUCUAUCCCCGGGAUGGCUCUGAAAUAUAGACAGUGCUCCUCAGACUUGAUGAAAUGUACACUGAAGGUGUACCUGUCUCCCACACAGAAUCAAUAACUAUCAACUGUUUUCAGAAAUCUGCUUAGCAUCUUGGGAAGGGGACUUACUGUGCAGAGAAUUCACAGAGACAUUUCCAGAUAUAUAGAGAACAACUUUUGGCAUAAGGUGUGUCUGCGACAACCCCUGAUUGACCCUGCAGCCCUGACUUUGUUUAUACGCAGCUUGAUGAGGGAAAUAGGAGUUAUGGGUGGGGAAACUUUGUGAUUUGCACUACAUACACUUGAGCUUGCUGCUCUGUUUCACAAGUGAAAAAUAAAGACAGUCCUCACAGAGUUCUACCUGCCAUCCCAGGACUGAGUAAGGUGCCUUUUUUUUUUUUUUUUUUUUUUUUUCU